AAUAUGGUUUGUAUUCAUCUGCUGUUUUUGUGUGUUAGUAAAAUAUAUGGAUGCAUGAAAAAGGCAAUGCUACAAGAGAACUGGAACAAUUAAAAAGUGAGAAAGACAAGUAAAAAUCAUCAACUUUCAAAGCCUAGCCACCAUUCGGAGCAUUCACAGCUCUCAGUUACCUCUAAUUAAUGCUCAUUGCCAUAUAGGGGGUGUUACAUUCUUAACUGACAUCAACACAAUCAAAUUUGCACAGACUUCCUGAAGUUUCUGAAGUCUGAUGGUUUUAUUCUUUCUAAGCCUGCUACCCAAGUGCAGUUGGAUCUAUACACUGAAAUUAUAAGUUCACAACAUAUGGAUUGCUUUCACUUUUAAUAAGAGGUUAGAAGACGUGCUUAAGGAUCACAUUACUGUCAUUGGUGCCCUGCAGUUGCCAAGAUGAUAAACCACUGGGUGCUUCUCUCAACCUAUAUUAUAACCUUCUUAUUCGGCCUACCAGCCAAUAUCCUGGCCAUUUAUGCCUUCAUCAGGAAGCUUAGAAAAAAACCCACACCCACGGACAUCCUCCUGCUGAACCUGACCCUCUCUGAUCUGCUCUUUUUGUUUUUCCUACCGAUGAAGAUGUAUGAGGCCGCAUCAGGCCUGCAAUGGCACCUUUCCCAGACCAUGUGCUCCAUCAUGUCAUUUGUCUUUUUCACCACCAUCUACACCAGCUCUCUGCUCCUGAUGGCUAUCAGCAUUGAUCGCUACUUGGGAGUGGCCUUCCCAGUGGCCUACAUGAAGUUUCGCAGGCUUCUCUAUGCCAUCAUUGGCGGGAUUUUCAUCUGGCUGGUUAGUGGUGCACACUGCACGCUUGUGUUUUUCGUCGUCCAUAUGGGCACAGGGAAUAGCACUGAAGCCAAGACCACCUGCUACGAGAACUUCACCGAUGACCAGAAAAGCGUUGUACUGCCAGCGCGCCUGGAGUUCUUUGUGGUUCUUUGUGUAUUGCCCCUGGUUGUAUGUGUCUUCUGCUAUCUCAACUGCAUCUGGAUCCUUUACCAUAGGCCCCGCAUAACAAAGGAGAAGAAGCAGAGGGCCAUUGGAAUGGCAGUGGGCACUUUGAGCGUCUUCUUGAUUUGUUUUGUGCCCUAUAACGUUUCUCAUCUGGUGGGGUUUAACACUAAAGAAAGCCCACCAUGGAGGUACUACACACUGCUCCUAAGCACCUUAAACACCUGCCUGGACCCCAUCAUCUUCUACUUCUCCUCAACCAUGUAUCGCAACACCACCAAAAUGUCCUUCUGGAGAGUUUUCUCACUUCGCCGUCGUCUAGGCUUGAACACUCCUCCCAAUUUAGAGUUUGAAGCAGAUUCGAACUCCGACAAAGAAUUUGACCGUCACAAUAGUAACAACAAAAAAUAAAGAGAUUUACUACAAGAUUUACAGUGACGACACUUGAAACUUAAACAUUCAACUGGAAAUACAAAUACAAAUUCAUCAACUGAGGUACAUUCUAACAUCCAAAAUUGAAAAGUUUAUUGAUUGGUUUAUUUAUUUAUUUUUUGGUGAAAUGUUCAUAUUGCUAACUCAGUCCAGCAGAUCACAGUUGUCUUCAACUGUGAGCCGAGUCACUGACAACCUUUCGCGUUUAAAUACAACCUUUCAGCUUUAAAUACAACAUUUAAAUACAACAUUUCAUGUCAUGAAUUCUCCAUGAGAAACUGCUUUUACACCACAAAUGUCAGAUCUGUUCAGAAGGUCUUGACAGUGCAAGGUGAAUCAGAGGUUUGUAUUAACGUGCUAGCGCUAGUAGGUUGUAACUUCUACAGGUACUUGUUUGGCAGAGGCACAACAUAAUCAGAUUUAAAAUUCUUUUAUUUAGCAUUUUUCAAAGGAGUCUCCAGUGUCAUAGCUCAGUCUGAUACCAAGCUGUAACUUUUCUAAAUGGGAUUUCGGAAGUUUUCAGAAAAGAUGACUUUUCUUUUAUAAGACUUGAUAAUCUGUUCACUUUGCAUCUCUCUCUCUCUCUCUCUCUUCGUCACUCACUUACACACACACACACACACACACACACACACACACACAGCUACUACUCAUACUGACCUCAGAUGCUUCUAUUGCUUACUGGAACUUGCUAAGCUGCUUCUAGGCAUUUAGAAGAUUAAGAUGGAGAUUUAAUGUUUUCUAAUUGUUAAUUUUAGCCAAAGGAUAUCAGCCAUUAUAUUUUGUCACUGAUGUUCAGGCAGAUAUUACAGAAUUUCUGACAUAUGAAAUGUUUACAAUGCAUUAUUUAAAAAAAAAAUCACGUGAUGUGUUUAAAGCUUAAAUAAAUAC